AUGGAGAUAGAGACAGCAAUAAACCAAUUAAAAAUUGAAGGAUAAAAAAUAGAAAUAGGUGAAAACGACUAUGAUUUUGUUGAAGAAAAGCCUAAUGUAUUUGAAUUUAACUUAACAAUAGCUGCCGAUUACAAAUAAAAGCUGCUUGGUGGUAAAUUCUAAGUGAAGAAAAUUAUUUUUGCAAAUAAUGGCCACCCUUAAAUAUUCCUUCAAACUAAAGUAAACAAAAACAAAGAUUUUCAAAAGGUAGCAGAUUUGAAUUUCUCUAAAAAAAAACAGUUAUAUUUAGCUAAUUUCUACAUCUCUACUUCAAAUCCUGACUUACUUGUUGUAAUAUUUAAUUAUUCAAUUGAAGAAUUUGAAUUCAAAUUUAGUGAAUUCUUCUUUUAGUAUGUUGAUGGCUCUCAUUUGGAAAGUGUUGUUAUCUUAGAUACAAUUAACUAGGAGUAUAUUAUCUCAACUAAAAAAGCUACAUAACUAAAAAAUCCUGCCCUGUCAAAAUUUACUACUUCGAACUCUUAAAGCAGCUCUUUGUUCCCACAUAUUGAAUAAAUACCUGUAGGUAACAGAUUUUAUGAUAUUACAGGUGAUAUUGUGACUCAUUUAGAGUUAUCAGGAAUUAGAGGAGAAGUUUUACUCUUAACUCCAGUAGAAUAACAAUAUGUUUUCAAAGAUAUUUAAGCAUUUGAGGUUGUUCGCAGUCUUUAUCCUUAAUUAAGCUAAGAAAUAGUAGCUCAAGAUGCAAGACCUCUUAUUCAAAAACUCAAUGAAAUUUUAUACAACUCAGGAAUGUUUAUGUGA